GAGAGUUUGUAAUAAGACACACUCCUCUUACAAGAGUUCAUGCUACAACAUAGCAAAGAACUUUAAAUUUUUGGAAGAACAGUAUAUUCAUUUUGGCAUUGUGCAGAGACCUUAACUCUACCUUUCUGCUUUAAAGCAAAGUAAACUCGGUGGCCUCUUCUUCUCCACCCCUCAAAAUGAUAGCAAUCUCUGCCGUCAGCAGUGCGCUCCUGUUCUCCCUUCUCUGUGAAGCAAGCACCGUCGUCUUACUCAAUGCCACUGACUCAUCCCCGCCAACCAAUAAUUUCACUGAUAUUGAAGCAGCUCUGAAAGCGCAACUAGAUUCUGCGGAUAUCCCCAAAGCCAGGCGGAAGCGCUACAUUUCGCAGAAUGACAUGAUCGCUAUUCUUGAUUACCAUAAUCAAGUUCGGGGCAAAGUGUUUCCACCGGCAGCAAACAUGGAAUAUAUGGUCUGGGAUGAAAAUCUUGCAAAAUCUGCAGAGGCUUGGGCAGCUACUUGCAUUUGGGACCACGGACCUUCCUUCUUACUGAGAUUUUUGGGCCAAAAUCUAUCUGUACGAACUGGAAGAUAUCGCUCUAUUCUCCAGUUGGUCAAGCCAUGGUAUGACGAAGUAAAAGAUUAUGCUUUUCCAUAUCCCCAAGACUGCAACCCCAGAUGUCCUAUGAGAUGUUUUGGUCCCAUGUGCACACAUUAUACACAGAUGGUUUGGGCCACUUCCAAUCGGAUAGGAUGUGCAAUUCAUACUUGCCAAAACAUGAACGUGUGGGGAUCUGUGUGGCAACGUGCAGUUUACUUGGUUUGCAACUAUGCUCCAAAGGGCAAUUGGAUUGGAGAAGCACCAUAUAAAGUAGGAGUACCAUGUUCAUCUUGUCCUCCAAGUUAUGGGGGAUCUUGUACUGACAAUCUAUGUUUUCCAGGAGUAACAUCAAACUACCUAUAUUGGUUUAAAUAAGCUUAGCUUUUACUCCAGGAAAUAGAAUGAUCUCUGGAAAUCAUAGGCAUGUAUAUAUAUUGAAUUUUGCACAUAUUAUACAUAUUUUAUGAUAAUCUUGUUUUCCUUUUAGUAUUCAUUUGUAUAAAUUAGUGUUUGUCCAGUAUGUUUGUUUAAUCCUUUGAGAUAUUCAAAACAUUCAUUUCUAUUUUCUUAUGUCUAACCCUAAAUUAAAAUAUUAUAUAUGUAGUGAUAACAUAGUUGAUGCGUCCAAUUCCAAAACUUGUAUUCCAGAGGAACAUUAUUAUGUUCUUAAGGAAUAAAAUCUAUAUUU